AAACAGUAAAUGAAAACUCCAGCUUUUCGGAAGCAAAAUGCUUUCAUUUAAUUGGAAGUUUGUAAAAUAGAAAGAUGGGUCUUUUCCUCUUCAAAAGUCUUCUGAAGUACAAUCUCUGUUCCUAUCUCUGAUCAUAGAAACUCAUUUCAAGUAACUUGAAAGAACUCCAGCGGAGGAAAUUGUUACAAAAGGAAAGCUAAACUAAAGGAAAUUAAAUUUCCCAAAAUGGGUUUUCUCACAAGUACGCUUCACUUGAUCGAUUUCCUCGCGUGGCCGGUACUUGCUCUUGGGUAUCCUCUAUGUGCUUCAAUCCGAGCGAUUGAGACUGGCUCCAAGUAUCACAUGAGGAAGCUAGUCAUAUAUUGGACCAUCUUUUCCUUUAUUUCUCUGUUCGACGACCUUUUUGAGAAACUUAUCCAAUGGGUUCCUCUGUGGCCAUAUAUAAAAUUACUUACCAUAUGUUGGUUGGUAAUACCUCAGUUUAACGGCGCGUGGUUAUUUUUAUCAAAAUCUUAUUCAUCCAUGUUUGUCGGUGAAUGUUAUCACGCAGUUUUAUGAUGUUUACCAACGCCUUGUAUGUUUGUGCUUGUCUGUCAACCUUCAAACUGUCACUGAGUGGUUUAACAAGCCAAUGGAGGAACCCUAUGAAUCACUUGUGUCUCUGGCAAAGGAAGAAAAUAGAUCUGAUGCUCCGGACAAACUUAUCUCAAACAAGUCCAAGUAUUAUAGUUUGAAUCAUCAUGCAGAAGAAAUCAAGUCUACUGAUAAUAGUGAUGAAGUAGGAAUGCUCAACCCCAACCAGAGGGGUGGUCCUGUUUGGGCAGAUAUCAAAGUGAUGAAGCACAUGGCAAAACAUGAAGCAGCUGAGCCCAAACAGGUUAUAUUUCUUAGCCCUUAUAUAUAUUCCUUAGUUAAUAUUAUGUCUUCACAAGUAUUGCUCUUGGCCCCAUGCAAUCAUUGAGCAAACAAUAGAUGAAAUAUUAAACAAGCUGUUAAUGAUGACAAGAGGAUAGCUUGAUGUUCCCAUGAUAAAGCUAAUCUGGGAAAGAUGGCAAUUAAUAAUGCACACUGAGAUCCUGUUUAAUUGGUGCACUGUGUAAAAUUAAUCCUGUUUUAGUUUGCAUUAGAUUCAAUUAUCUGGUAUGGUCUCGAGCCUCUGUUUCUCCUGUAAAUAUUUGAAGCCAUUAGAAAAGGGAGAGCAUUGAAGCUCUUACUUUUUUUUAAAACAUCAGUCCCACUUUUUUUUUUUGGUAAUUAGAGAUUUUAUGUUUACCAGGGAAAUAAGUAACAGUUCAAAAACCCAUAAGUUGGACAGGACCCAACUUUUACAUCAUCCUGCAUGCCUAAAUCUUCUAACUUCCCCUCUUCCCAGUACACCUUGUGAUUACACAGUUCCUAUGUAAUAGUUCAUAGUCCUAAGCUUUCCAGAUAUCUUUUUGUUCCCAGCUCCUCUAUAGUGGACAUCUUGCACAAUCAGCCUGCAUAUCGCUGCUGAAGUCCUCUGCACUCCUUGGAAAAUUCUACAGUUCCUUUCUUGCCAAAAAUGGUAGACACAACAAGCCAAUAUAAGUCUAUAAAUCUGAUCCUUGCUGUUCUUGCCAUUAGCAAACUUUGUUGCCCAAUUUAGUUCCUCUUGCCACCCCUGGUGUCCUCUGUAUCUCCUGCCAGAUCAAUAGUUUGGACCAAAUAGAGGCAGAGUAUGGACACUGGAAGAAAAGAUGUGCAAUACUUUCAUCUGUUUCAUCACAGAGCAUUCAAGCCUGAUUGCUAUUUAUUCCCCAUUUUGCUAGCCUAUCCCUUGUAUAUAAUUUGCAUUGAGCAGCAAAUCUUAAAGUGAAUAUACAUUUAGGACAUUCCAAGUUGUUACACACCAUUCUCCUCCAAGGUACUUUAAGGAAUAUACCUCUCAGUCUGAGGUACAUCCUUUUGAUAGAAAAACAGUUCAUGUUUAGUAUAUCAAUUGCUGCAUAUCCAGAUUUCUCAAAAUAUGCUUGGGCUUUCAAUAUCUUCUUUAUCAUCCAUGAUGCUUGUGAUAGAUUAACUUCCCAUAACAUCUUCCCCUUUAUAUAAUAGGUAUGAGUCCAUUGGAUUCAUAGCUUGUCCUUUUUGUGGCAGAGAUUCCAGUUAUGCUUACUGAUAGCUGCUUUGUUCCAUACCCCAAUAUCCACUAUAUUUAAUCCUCCAGCUGACUGUGGCCAACAAAUAUUAUGCCAGGCUAAAGGUUCCUUUUAUGAGCUUUCUGAUGUUCCAGUCCAUAAAAACUGUUUGCAUAAUGUUCCAAUCAUGCGUAGAAGCUUCUUGGGCAGCAUAAAGAUCUAUGCCCAGAAGGUUUGAAUGGAGAAAAGCACACUUUUAGUGAGUUAUGUUCUACCUGCAUAGGAUAUGAGUCUUGCAGUCCAUGAUGUUAUCCUUCCCGUUAUUUUUUCUAGCUAUGGUUGGCAUUGUGUAGCUGUCAGUCUCUUGGUGUUGGAUGGGACUCCUAGAUACCUGACAGGUAGCUCUCCCUUUUCAAAUCCCAGGUUCUCAAGAAUCUCUUGUUGUACGUUAUCAUGUACUCCACCAAAGAAAACAAAACUUUUUCUCUUAUUCACUUUCAGUCCUGAAGCUUUAGAGAACUGCAGGAAGCAUUCAUACAUGAUCUUUACUGAAGUUGAAUCACCUCUACAAAAUAAGAGAAGAUCGUCUGCAAAGCUUAGUUGCAUAAUAUGCAUUUUUUCACAUCUCGGAUGAUAAUUGAAAUCAGGAAUCUGCUGCAAUUUCUUCCGGCUUCUUGUAAAAUACUCCAUGGCUAGGACAAAAAGAAAUGGGGAUAGGGGAUCCCCCUGUCUCAUUCCUCUCCUGGUUUCAAAUGGUUUUGUUGGACUGCCAUUGAUAAGUAUGGAGUAAGUGACACUUUGGAUGCAUUGCAUAAUCCAUUUCACAUAUUUAUCAGGAAAUGCCAAACCAACCAGAACUUAUUCCAAGAAUAUCCACUCUAACGAGUCAUAGGCCUUCUACAUGUCAAGUUUCAUCAUACAUCUUGGCGACAAACCUUUCCUCCUAUAGCUAUCCCUUUACCAGCUCAUGACUGAGAAUAAUAUUGUCCGUUAUGACCCUACCUGGUACAAAGGCAGACUGACUAUUAUCAACUAGCCUGUCCAUAACUACCUGUAAUCGUUUGGUUAAUAUUUUGGAUAUGAUCUUGAACAAUGUGGUGCAACAAGAGAUAGGUCUGUAUUCUUUGACAGAGGAAGGAUUUUUGACUUUUGGUGUAAGAGUUACUGCUGUACAAUUCACUGGAGGGAACAUAUCAGUAGUAUCAAAGAAAUCCAGGCCUGCAUCUGUGAUCUCUUCCCCAAUAACAGGCUAGGCUUUCUUGAAAAAGUAUGCAUUCAAUCCGUCCACACCUGGUGCCUUCAUAUCAUCAAUAUCUUUCAAGGCUUCGUAUACUUCCUCUCUUGUCACUGGUUGUAUCAAUCCCCUUUGUUGCUCCAUAUUUAAGACCGGUCCUUCUUUCAGUAUAGUAGGAUCAAUAGCAGGGGUUGCAGUAGCAGCUGUUCCCCAUAGUUCUCUGUAAUGACCAGUUACCUCCUCUGUAAUUUCAUUGUCAGUUUGCAGUAAAAUACCAUGUGAGUUGAUAAUGUUUCUGAUGUGGUUUUGGGCACGUCUGUUCUUCAUAUUAGCAAAGAAGUAGGCUGAGUUAGAAUCUCCUAGUGUCAACCAUUGGAUCCUAGACUUUUGCCUAUAUAUACUUUCCUCAAUCAUGCUCCAUUUCUCCGGUUGUUCUUUCAAUUCCUUCUCUUCUUGUAUGAGACUUGACUGCUGAAUAUUGUUACCCAUCUGCACAUGUAUUUCUUGCAAUUGUCUUCAAAUAUUCUUCAGUCUGCCAUCACCUUUGAAUUGUCUGGUGUUCAAAUGCUUCAGCUGAUAUUUGACAGUUUUCAACUUAUUCCAUAACUUCUCCAAAUACCCCUGCUCCCUUGUUCUCUUCCAGCAGUUCUCUAUUAAUGGUAGGAACUCUGAACUUUCUGCCAAGCAAUUAAUUUUUUUUGAAUGGUUUAGCUCUUUUACUUGGUUGCUUACCAAACUUUAUCCAUAAUGGAGAGUGAUCCGAGAAGUGUGGCUCCAUCACCAGUGCCCGUGUUGUUGGUAGCAUAGUGACCCAAACAGUUGGAUAAAGCCCUGUCAAUUCUACUAUAUACAUGGUUGUUAGUCCAUGUAUAUUCUCUCCCAACUGUUACCAAUUCAGUCAGCCCACAAUCAAACUUACACUCCUUAAAGUCCCUUGUUUCUAUGUCUUGUUCCGGUGCCCCAUUUUGCCUAUCUUCCAUAGUUAAUAUAGAGUUGUAGUCUCCCAUUGCUAGCCAAGGUCCCUGAAUUAUUUGCGUGAGGCCUCUGAACUUAUCCCAUAAACUCCUCUUGUCUUGUAUAGUAUGCAAUCCAUAGACAGCAGUAAACCGAAACUCUAAUUUCAAAGUGUAUAUUCUGACUUACCCAUGUAUAUAUUGAGGGCAUGCGUCCAGCAUAUGAAAGUCAACUAUACUUGGAUUCCAGAUUAUCCAUAUUCUCCCUUUGCAGGUGCUGCUCAUAUUUGACACCCAACUCCAUCCUGGAACUAUUUUUUUAUUUAUUAUUUUCCCAGCUUUUUGGUCAUCCAUCCUAUGCUCAAGAAUAGCAAUUAGUCCCAGCUUAUUCUCCUUUAUAAACUCUUUUAGCUCCUUUUGUUGGUAAGUUUUAUUCAAAUCUCUCACAUUCCAUGUAACUAUCAUUGUAGAAUAGAGUGGAAAUUUGAGUCCUUCACUCCUGUUACUACUUUGUCCUCUAUCAUAGCCAGACCAUCCCUGCAUAGUUUGGAGAUCCCUAUGCUCCAGAAGGUUAAAUCCAUUCUGUGUAUCAAUAUUAUUCUCCUCACUUGGUAUUAGUUUGCUUGGCUUUGCAGCAGACUUUCCUCUAACUUCUGUCCACUUAUCAACUGAAACUUGUUGCUGGGGCUCAGUAAAAUUUACAACUUCAGCAGCCUUUAUAGGUUCAUGGGCUCAACAAUCUUUACUGGUUUAAUAGGUGCCCCCUUUGCCAUAGUACUCUCAUUUUUCCUCCAAGCCUGUUUCAUUUUCUGGUUUUUGCUUUUGUCUGGCUGUGGAUUCCCUUUCUGAAUACUCACAGGUUUACAGCUGUGUCCUAUCUCAUGACAUUUCGUACAGAAUUCUAGCUCCCAAUCAUAUUUUACUUGUUGCUCAAAUACAUUUCCUUUUGGAUCCUGCACUUUCACACUCUUAGGCAAUGGACGUGUAAUGUCCAUUUCAAUCAGCAAUCUAGCAUAGGAUAUCCGAGCUAUGCAAGUUGUACAAUCAUCAGCAAAUAGUGGAUUUCCUUAAGCUACUUCCAAUUUACUGAGGGUUCUCAUACUCCAGCAGCUUAGCGGCAGAUUUGGUAAUCUAAUCCAUACUGGUAUAGUACCAGUACUUCAUCAUACAAGUUGAAAUCUUGGUUCCAUAACCUCAGGAUCACAGGUCUAUUCUUAGUAGUAUGAGGCUCUGAAAACAUUACCUCAUCUCUUUCCUCCAUGCUGCUAAAGCUGAUGACAAAGUAGUCCUCCUGAUGAUAGUAAAUCUGUGGCUUUUGUUCGAACUUCCAUUGUGAGUUGAGAAACCUUUCUACAGCUCCAAUGGAUGGUGAAUUUCCAGUUACAUAGAGGAUUAUCGCUGUCCUCCACUUCUCACUUUCCCCGUCUAAUUCUUCUUGAUCCAACUGAACUAUCUUGAUCCAACUGAACUAUCUUCUCACCCUCUACUAUCAAUGGGGCUAUAUUUUGCAAAUUCAUGCCCCUAGAUGCCAAUUUGUUCUCAGUAACCACAGUUACCCAUGGGUUCCCUUUUGUGUUUCAUCCUUGUCACCCAUAGGUCUGUUUAUUGCCCUUUGUGCUCCAAUUGGUUCUACCAUCAUCUCAUUAGGCAUAGAGAGUUUCCUCUGGGUGCUCGUAGCUUCGCUACUUUGUACCACUGGAGAUUUAAUUGUGGGAAUCUGUGUUCCCAAGCUCGUAGCUAGGGUUCCACCAUGAAUACCCAUUUUCCGUCCCUCUGCUGUCCCGUGGCUACUCUUGUUGUUUGAUCCAGAAAUUCCAACCAUUUGCAUCGAAUUCAUUUGCUCUUUGCCCUUUGAUUGAUUCUUCUGCUCACAGAUCGUCGCCCUUGGUGUAUGCUUCUCCUCACUUUCAGAGUUUUCCUUCGGUGAUUGCUCGUUGCUCACUCCAAUUUUCCGAUUGGUCCCAAUUUUGAGUUCCACGAUCGGAAGCUUAUUCGUGUUCCUCUUAGGUCUUCCUUUGCCUCCCAUGGCCGAUCGAUGCGUACGUUAUUAAUCCACCCUAACAUGCGCGGAGAGCAAAGAGAGAGAUAAUAUCAUCCUUCAUCAGUACCACUGUUAUUCUAGCCUAGUACUCCCUCUGUUACAUUUUGUUUGGCGGCUUAGACUUGGGAGUGCAAUGGUCAAACUACUUAAUUUUAAGUGUGAUUAGACAUAUAUUCUUCAAAUGUUUUAAAAUAAAAUUUACAUAUGUGAAAACUAUGUAGAAAGUAUUGUAAGUCACAAUAGUUAAACUUAAAAGUAUUAUAAAAUUGUAAGUCAUAGGCUCCCCAAAUAUUAAUAGUGCCACAUUAAAUGGAACAGAAGGAGUAUUUGUUUUUCUAUAUCAAGCAAAAGUAAUCAGUAUGCAGGAGAUUAAAAUGUCCCAUCGAAUUGGAGGUUAAAAGGGUGAAGGAAAGUCUAAUUCAGAUUGAGAGGAAAACGAUAGGAAUGCAGGUCAAGAAAACAGCAGUUCCAGAAGAUGCUGUAGAGAUUAAACUUUCAGAGAACAUUUCUUCGAAGCAAGUUGAGACAGAGUGGAGUUGUGCAGUAUGCCAAGUGACAACAAAAUCGGAGCAUGACUUGAAGUCCCAUCUUAACGGAAGGAACCAUGGGGCAAUGUGUGAAGGGCUGAAAACUUGCAAGCAGACCACCAAAAAUGAAGGCAACCCACCUGUUGCAUCAAACAAGUCAAAUCAGCUUAAACAGGAGGAAGUAAAACAUGCAGCUGCAGCACGAUCAGAGCAUAAUAGUACUAAUCUAAAAUUGAAAGAAAAGGUCGACCUAGCAGCUGCUGGUCAGCAACUGAUGAGUGCUGAUGUUGCUGUUCAUAAUUCGACACUGUGGUGUGGUAUUUGUAACAAGAGGUGCUCUGACGAGACUGCUAUGGCAGCACAUCUUAACGGGAGAAAGCAUAUGGCCAAACUCCAAAAAACAAUGAGUUCGAAGGCUGUGGCAGAGAGGAAUCUUGAAGAGAAAGGAUCUGAUGUUUCCGAGAAACUUGUUACAAACAAGGUUAAACAUUUGAAGGCAAAUGUAAUUGGGAUUGAGAGUAAUACGAAAGGACUGCUAGAAAGGCCAAAGCAACUGAAGAGUGGUGACGUUGCUGUUCAUAAUUCUACACUGUGGUGUGGUACUUGUAACAAGAGGUGCUCUGGAUUUGAUGUCCCUGAGAAACUUAUUGCAAACAAGACUGAGUGUGAAGAUGGUGGUCCUGUUUGGGAAGAUAUCAAAGCAAUAGAACAAAUGACAAAACAUGAAGCAGCUGAUGAGCCAAGACAGGUUAAAAGUUUGAAGGUAAAUCUAAUUCAGAUUGCGAAUAAUACGACAGGGUUGCUAGUCAAGGAAACGGCUAUUCCAGAAGAGAGUAAACUCCGAGAGACUAUUUCUUCAAAGGAAGUUGAGACAGAGUGGGCUUGUGCAGUAUGCCAAUUGACAACCACCUCGGAGCAUCACUUGAACUCCAGUCUUCGCAGAAGGAGACGCAGGGAAAAGUCUAAAGCGCUGAAAACUGGCAUGCACAUGGCCAAGAGCGAAGGAGACCUGCCUGUUGCAACAAUAGAACAAAUGGCAAAACAUGAAGCAGCUGAGCCAAACCAGGUUAAAAGUUUGAAGGUAAAUCUAAUUCAGAUUGCGAAUAAUACGACAGGGUUGCUAGUCAAGGAAACGGCUAUUCCAGAAGAGAGUAAACUCCGAGAGACUAUUUCUUCAAAGGAAGUUGAGACAGAGUGGGCUAGUGCAGUAUGCCAAUUGACAACCACCUCGGAGCAUCACUUGAACUCCAGUCUUCGAAGAAGGAGACGCAGGGAAAAGUCUAAAGCGCGGAAAACUUGCAUGCACAUGGCCAAGAGCGAAGGAGACCUGCCUGUUGCAACAAAAAAUUAAAAGCAGGAGCUAGUAAAACAUGCAGCUGCAGUUCCAUCAGUGCACAGUAGUACUGAAAUAUUGGUGUCCAGUUCAUGAACUCAGUUUGAGAAUAUGAUGGAAUUAGCUCACGAAGUUACGGAAAGAGAAGUGAAAUAGAAGAUAUUGAUAGAGAAGAAAUUGGUGUAUUUUGAUGUAUGCAUUCCAUAUCUGUUUAACAUGUAUUUUCACUCAAUGAAAUCUACAAUUGUAAUUCAGGUGUUCCUAGUUUUAGUUGCAUAUUUUGCUAAAGUCAUGUAAUCGUAAAGGGAGACCUGGAAUUGUUAUUUUGCUAGUUGUAGCUGUAGGUGUUGGAUCUGGAAUUUUGAUAACAAAUUAACGAUACACAACUUAUUUGACAAUAUUAACUUGUGGCAGCUUAAAUGUAAUUUUCAGCUCAAGGUUGAUGCC